AGACCCCCUCAAGUAUUAAUAUCUGGAGGUGGGUGAAGCUGGUACACAGUGAGAUUUUCCUUUUCUCUUUAGGGAACUGCAAACAACUGAGAUUGACUCUGCCAUGUGCCUGUCUAAUGUCCCUGGGGUGCUUUCUGCUCCCCCUCAGAGUGGAUGAUGGUUGCUGCUCGUGGGCACCCAUGAACUGCUCAACAGAUGGAAAAAAAGGUUACUCUUUCUUAAAAUAAGCCCUGAGAAAAGACAGAACCAAUAUACUGUUUUCUCCUCCCAGCAGUAAAUAAUUUGGAGAGAGCUCUCUUAGUGCCUACAGAUGUUUGAUCAGGUACAAACACACUUGGAAAAUCAGUCUCGAUACCACAUACAGCAGAGCCAGAGGCACCAGGUGAAGCAGUACGUGACCCUUGAUACCAAGCUGUCCAGCCAGACCCUGUCGCUGUCCCACUCUCACACCAUCCAGCCGGUGGGGGUGGCGUCCAUCCUGCGAAGCGGACCCAUGCCUCCAGUGAGCAGCAGCGGCACUGCCGAGAGCCCUGUCGCCAAGCUGCUGGCCCUUGGAGCCGAGCACGAAAAUGCGAUGGAAGAAGUUAUUGAAGACAUAAUCAAUAUGGAAUCAAAUUUUAAUGAUGAAGGGAUAGGUUGUUCUGAAACUCCUUUACUAAUGCAAAGAACUCUAUCUAGCAGCAUUUUGGAUAUAUAUAACAGUGACCAGGGAAUGGCACCAGCUAAUAUGGGUCUCACAAAUGCUACAUGCCCAGCUAAUCUACCAGUAAAAAGGGAGCUCACAGCAGAUACAAGAGCAAUGGCAAAGGAGAGACAAAAAAAGGAUAACCACAAUCUCAUUGAGAGAAGAAGAAGGUACAAUAUUAAUUACCGAAUCAAGGAGCUUGGCACACUCAUCCCCAAGUCUAACGAUCCUGAUAUGCGCUGGAACAAAGGAACUAUUUUAAAGGCAUCAGUAGAGUACAUCAAGUGGCUACAAAAAGAACAACAGAGAGCCAGAGAAUUAGAACACAGGCAGAAGAAAUUAGAGCAUGCUAACAGAAGACUUCUACUCCGAAUUCAGGAACUGGAAAUCCAGGCACGUGCACACGGCCUUCCAGUCACGUCCGCGCUCAGUGCUGUUGAUUUAGCUGCACAGGUCAUCAAGCAACAGUCUUAUUCAGAGGAGAACUCUGUAGACUACCCUCAACAAAUGCCUCUGGUACAUGGACAAAAUUCUGAUGUCUGCAAUGGAUCUACAGCCUUUUCUGAUCCACUUUCACACUUCACGGAUUUGUCCUUCAGCGCGGCUUUAAAAGAAGAACAACGACUAGAGGAAAUUCUAUUGGAUGACACAGUGUCACCAUUUGGAACAGACCCACUCUUGUCCUCCACAUCUCCAGCUGCAUCAAAAGAGAGCAGCAGGAGAAGCAGCUUUAGCACAGAUGAUGGAGAUGAUUUAUAAAAGCAGAAAGGGUCUCAUACUUCUCUAAACCACUUGUUAAAAGACUGAGCUGAACGUAAGCAUAGUUUACGCUUAUUUUAAAUACCUAUGAGGAGAGACACUAUAAAAAUAAAUUACUACAUGCAAGGGUUUCAAUCAGUCCUUACUUCACAAGAAAAUAAGAUGGACAUGAACUCAUAUCACUCUGCCCCAAAUUCACCCUCUGUUCACAGCUGACAUUUGCAUAAAUGUCUCUUCACUGGGAAUAUUUUUACUAUCACUUCAUGACUUUUUACAGUACUAUGAAAACGGUUAUCACAAAAGGAAUACCCAUGUUGCAAAACUGUAUUCAAACUCUUUUCAAUCUUUUCUCUGCUACAUAUAUGAAUUUUAGUCAUUUGGUAAUUUCUUUAUUUUUUAGUAAUGAAAAAUUCUACAAAAUGUGAAGCAACAGAGAACUAUUUAGGCUGGGAACUGUA